AUAUUUUGGGAACGUUCCCGUGUGCAGCAGCGUUACUGUGUGUAGAUGACAUGCUGGUGGAGAAAGAUGAAGCAGUUGAGGAAGCAGACGUUGAGAACCCUCUCCCUGAUCCUGUGCAUGUUCUCCUACCUGCUGGUGGGCGCGGCCGUGUUCGACGCGCUGGAGUCUGAGUCGGAGAGUGCGAGGAGGCGAGUGUCGGAGCAGCGGCGCGGCGAGCUGAAGGAGCGCUACCGCUUCACCGACGACGACUACCGCGAGCUGGAGCGGGUGGUGCUGCGGGCGGAGCCUCACCGCGCCGGGACGCAGUGGAAAUUCGCUGGAUCCUUUUAUUUCGCCAUCACGGUCAUCACCACUAUAGGUUACGGGCACGCCGCUCCCGGUACGGACGCUGGGAAGAUCUUCUGCAUGUUCUAUGCCGUUUUGGGAAUCCCCCUCACCCUGGUGAUGUUCCAGAGCCUGGGUGAAAGGAUGAACACCUUCGUCCGCUUCCUGAUGCACCGCUUGAAGAAAUGCCUCGGCUUCCGCCGCACCGCCGUCUCCAUGGAGAACAUGGUCCUGGUGGGGCUCCUGUCCUGCCUCGGGACGCUGUGCGUGGGCGCGGGGGCGUUCUCGCACUUCGAGGGCUGGACGUUCUUCCACGCGUACUACUACUGCUUCAUCACGCUCACCACCAUCGGCUUCGGGGACUUCGUGGCCCUGCAGAAGAAGGGCGACCUGCAGGAGCGCACGCCGUACGUCGUGUUCAGCUUCGUCUACAUCCUGGUGGGACUGACGGUCAUCGGCGCGUUCCUGAACCUGGUGGUGCUGCGCUUCCUCACCAUGAACGCGGAGGAGGAGCGGGAACGAGCCUCGCUGAAGAGGCGCCGGCGCGACAUGGCCUCGGCAGGACACGAGGAGCGGGACAGUCACAGUACCCUCUUCCUGCCCAUGGAAGGAACCAGCUGCACCAACCUCAUCCCGGCGGCGUCCGGCGAGUGCUACUGUCGCUCGGCGUUCCCCCCGCGGUCCAGUCCGGAUCUCGAGCGCUCGCGUCUCGACUCGCUCUGUUCGUGCUGCUGCCGCUCGGACCUGUGCGACGGUUUCGUCACGCCCCGCCCCGGCCGGGGUGCUCACUCGGUUUAUUACAGCUCCAUAUCGUGCAGGGUCGGUGGAGGUUCCUUCAUCAGGGGGAACACGGGAUGUUCCUCCCCGGGGAGCACGCUCUCUCCUGGGCAGAGUUUCAGAGAGCUGCCCCGCUCACGCCGGAGAUCCAUCUGAAUUAAAAUAAUAAUAAUAAUAAAAUAAAACUGCCGCUCGGAUCGGACGAUGGAUUAUUUUUAUAGCACCAAAAAACAGUCCAGAAAGAAUCCAACAAGGUUCUGUUUUUAUUUUUUAUUUAUU